GUAAAAGGCCCGGGUGCUGAAAAGAAAAAGAUGCCUUAAUGAAGCGUAAAAGGAAUGCAGUCGGAGGAAAGCAGUGGUUCUAAAAUUUUCCCUUAAGGGAGUCAAGAUCUUUAGUGCAGAUGGAGCGAUCCAUUACAAAGAAAGACCAGUGAACCUCAAAACACAGGAAGAUGUCAUAACAGACACUCCUUAUGGCACAUGCUAUUAGAAGGAUUUACUUCACUACUUGCAGGCCACAAAACCGUCAGUUUGCAUUUGUGGCGCGAAACCCCCAGCAGCCUGCCAGUGAGUUGUACUGCCAUCUGUUCGCGGGCUCCCAUCCUUGUGAGGUUAAAGUUCUGAACCUGCUGCUUUGCCGAGCAUUUCAGAUGCUGUACCUCUCAAAGAACCCAGAGGACAGGGAAGACGUUUCACAAGACCAAAGCACAGAGAAAGCAAAUGGGAAUGGGCUUGUAAUGGAUUCCAUCAGGUCAGAGGACAUUUCACAGAAUAUUAAUGCCUUGGUUUCAUUCAGGAGGUUACCAUGUCAAAAGGAUUUAGACUCUUCAGGUAAUGUGAAAAACUCAACAGAACGUGCUUAUAAAAGUAUGUACCACCAUUCAUCAGAAGACAGUACACACUGCUCCCCGACACUGGUGCGUAAGAAGGCAAUACGUAACAAAGUAAUUCGGUCAGGUGCCUUCCGCUGUUCAAACAAUGUCAAUCCUACUUCAAAAUGUGAUGAGAGAGGAGAGAGUCUCUAUGUCCAGCUUUCAGAAAAUGAAGAUCUCCUUAUGGAAGCAGUUUAUUCCUUUUCAGGUAUUUCAAGGGAUGCCCGGAUCUCAGUACUGGCAAGAGAUGUUCCUGGUGCAUUUCUGCUGCAGGAUAUUUCAGCACAUCAGGAUCACUGGUCGUUGACGGUGAGAAUUCCACCUGAACAUGUCACUUACGAGAUAUUCAGAAAUGAGCACGGCAGAUAUAGCAGGAAGGGUACAGCGAUGGACUUUCCCAGUAUGGAAGCACUCUUAGAUCAUUACAUGUGUGACAAGAGUGGAUUGCUUCAACAGUUGGACACUGCACGGGUGAACCAUUGUUAUGAAGUGCACGAUUGCCCGGAGUCAUCAGAAUCCCCCAGGAGCUACAUACCUUCAACUGCUGUUUCCGAUGAACUAAGUCCUCUACAAGAGGAAGGGUGUCAGAGGGAACUGACAUCCACUGAAUAGCAGAGGCAAGACUACAGUCAAUGUGGUUAUUACUUUCUAAUCCCAAGUGGAUUCAUAAUUUCUUUCUUCUGAGAAGUGAUGUGACUUGUGACUUUGCAGUUUUUGCUGCCGACUUAUAGCUGGUCUGUUUAGGUGAACCUGAAUCAGGACCAGUAACUUUGGUGCCAAGUUUUCCUAGAAUGGUGGAUUAACUCCCCAGGACUUCUAAUAAUAAUAAAAAAAAACACUAUCACGUUCAGAAAACAAUGUUUACUUCAAAAUAACUCAUUUUGGCCUUAGAAUACAACUCACUUUUAAUAUGUAAAAUUAACUUUUGUGGUUAAAAUUAUUUUAUUUUUAUUUGCUUGUUAAAAAGUCUGUGGAUGUUACUUGUUCCUAAAGUGUUGAUGAAUGUCACUUUAACACAGUUUAAUGUAGCUUUGGUCGAUCUUUGUCUUUGUGUUGUUGCUGCAAUUAAUCCAUGUUUGCCUGUGAUUUUGCAGUUCAAGAAGUUGUUGUCUGUAAUUCGUUAUUCCUAUCAGCAUGUCGGGCAGGAACUCUGUCUUACUUUGUUUAAACAACAGUAAACAUGAAUUGUAGUUAAUAAAAUGUACUUGACGUUU